AUGUUUCACCUCCGUCUGCAACCUCCGGCGAAGGUGACGAAGGCGAACCAUGCUAUGCAACUUCAGGCAAAGGCGAACCUCCGUCUCCACUCUCCUGUCUUCACUCCUCCCGAAAGCCAAGGUUUCCUUCGUCAAUCACAGCCACCUCCGGCGGAGUCUCCUUGGUUUUCAUCCUUCGGUGAAGGCGUUUCACCUUCGUCGGCAACCUCAGGCGAAGGUGAAACCAGGGUUUUGCAACCUCUCAGGGAGAAGAGUGAGCUAGGUGCGCUCUCAGAUGUUCUCGGGAAAAUUCAAAAAUUGCUCAAGUUCGCAGAGCAAGCUCAAGUAAGGAAUAUCUUGGUGAAAGACUGCCUUAGGAAUCUCAGAGAAGUUGCUUACCGAGCUGAGGACAUAUUGGAUGAGUUCAUCUAUGAAGCUUGUUACGAAAAAGAUGAAAGAUAUGGAGGUGGAAAGGUACGUUUGCACUUCCCCUCUAACUUAAAAUCAGAUGGUCUUUUACGUAAGCAUGAAAUCGUGCCUCUUAUAAAUGAUGAACUCGUAAAGAAACUAGAAGAGAUUGAGAAGGAACUUAAACAUUACUAUCUCAGUGAGUCAUCAGGAAAUCAGAAAUCACAGCAUGGUGGUGGUGUAAUUGAUGAAAUAUUAGAUAGUAGGCCAAAGAGUGAUUCUCUAGUUGAUGAAUCUCUUACUUUGGGGAGGAAGGAAGAUGUAGAAGCAAUAAAAAACGAGUUGUUGUCAUCAAAUCCAAAUGAAAACCAAAAACAGGUUUCUGUUAUUGCCAUUGUUGGAUUAGGGGAGUCGUUGAAUGGGAGAAAUCCUGACUUGAGAAACCUAGACCCACUUAAAUGUGCGUUGAGAAAAGAAAUAAGGGGGAAGCGAGUUUUAAUCAUCUUAGAUGAUGUUUGGACUGAAAAGAAGAGGGAUUGGGAACCUCUGAGAGUUGCACUCAUGGAGGCAGGGGAAGGAAGUAGAAUAAUUGUAACAAGUCGAAGUAAAAGAAUUUCAUCAAUGAUGCACCCCAUGUAUACACAUGAUCUUCAAGUUUUAUCAGAUGAAGAGUGUUGGUCAAUAAUGGAAAGGCACAUAUCUUUAAAUUAUGGUUCUAUUGCUCCCAGCCUGAAAGAAGUGGGUAGGAAGAUUGCGGAGAAGUGCAAAGGAUUGCCCUUGGCAGCAAGUACGGUUGAAGGCCUUUUAAGCUCAUCUUCUAGUUCAGAUUUAAACCAUUGGGAAGAAGUCUUGAAUAGUUCCAUGUGGGACUUAGAAGAAGAGAGCAAAGAUUUACCAGCUGCACUAAGUCUAAGCUAUUAUUUUCUUCCCACACAUUUGAAGCAGUGUUUUGCUUAUUGCUCUGUAUUUCCUAAAGAUUAUGUAUUCAAGAAGGAACGUCUCAUCAAACUGUGGAGGGCAGAAGGUUUUAUUAGAACAGACAAAGCAGGUGGCCAGUAUUUUGAUGAAUUAUUGCAGAGAUCUUUCUUUCAGUACUACAAUGGAUUUGUGAUGCAUGACCUUGUACAUGAUUUAGCAGAAGCAAUUUCAGGAGAUGUGUAUGGUGGAUUUGACUGCCGAAAAUCGAGCCAUAGCUCCAAAUUAGAGACCCGUUAUUCGUCAAUGUGUUGUCUAAAUUCCAUAAACAAGGACGACAAAGAUCUUCUUGAUCACAAGAAGAGGUUAUCCACAUGGAUAUGCCUACCUCGUUAUAAUUGCUUUGGUGGGUACCAUAUUGAAUCUUUUGGAGGACUGAGAUACUUACGUGUCUUAGAUUUGUCUGAUUCUGGAAUUAAAAUGCUUCCGGACGAUAUUGGCGGUUUGAAAUACCUGCACUAUAUUAACCUCUUAUUUGCUCAAAACAUAGAACGAUUACCGGAGUCAUUGUGCGAUCUUUUCAAUCUAUAG